AUGCGUCCUCCCCCCACCUUCGUGGAUGCAAUACCCGCCGCGGACCUCACACAUCUCCUCAGUCUCCCUGCCGUCGCGGCACAAGAAUGGGCGAUCGCUCGGGCGGACGAAUACCACAAGGUCAUCUCCGCCCUUCGUUCUUUCCACAACAGCCUCGCACCCAUCCAUCUCGCCCUUCCUCCCGAAAUGCUCUCCGAAGUGCUUUCUCAUUGCUGGCAAGGUCGACGCAGCCUCGGGCUGAUGCUCGUCUGCCGGCAUUGGCGCUCUGUGAUACUCCAGACUUCGGGCUUUUGGGCAGACGCUGCGGGCGACGAGUCUCUUAUCGACGUCGACACGUCGAUGACCACUCAGAAGGUGGCGCCCCUCGAACGAGCGACGUCAAGGCCGCUGCGUAUCAUAACCAAAGGACUGGAUAGCACCGUCGUUUCGGCGCUUCCAGCCACGCAUCUCGUCCAACUCGAAGUGAGCUUGCGGCACCCGUCACAGCUUGGCCUCUUGCGCGAUACCAUGCGGUCCCCAGGGUAUCCCCAUCUGGAAGCUCUGGGAUUGUAUUUCGUCGAUGAUAUCUUCAACGGGGACUGGUCGUCGGAGUACGCUGAGUCGUUCAGAGCUCGAUGUGCCGACCCGCAACGAGCAGCCGCGUUUAAUGCUCCACACCUCCACACCCUCUCGUUCCCUCCCAGCGCAUCAGCCCAGCUCUCGGUCGCGCGGUCGGUGCAACACACGGAGUUCGACCCUUUCGUGCUCACCAACCACAGCGGCGGCGGCACCUCCGACUCGCUCAUCGGCUCUCUCGCCGCCGUGCGUCUGCGCGACUGGCGGGAGGCCGGGUCGUCGCCGGGCAUGUCCGUCGUCGGCCGCACGAACGACACCGAGCGCUUCGAGCUCAAAUGGUGGCCGCGGGUCCACUGGCUCGCUCCCGCGUCCCGCGCGCUGAGCGCCGCCGCCCGCAUGCAAGCCGGGGCCAUCACCCACCUCUCCGUGCACAUGCCCUUCGCCCACAGCCGGACGACGCGCUACCCCGCCUUCGAUCCCCCGGCCGACGAGGGCGAGGGCGAGGGCGAGGGCGAGGGCGAGGGCGAGGGCAGCGACGACGACUCGCACCACGGCCACGGGACCGUCCAAAAUCACCCCACGGGCGCGGACUGUGAAUGGGACUGGGGCUGCGACGACGGCGACGACGACGGCACGCGCGGCGCGGACACCGGCGACCUCCUCCGCGCGUUCCCCAACCUCGUCGCGCUCGACGUCGCGGGCCCGUGCGCCGAGGCCGUGCUCGACGGCCUCACCUGCCCCGACACCGACCCCGGCACCGACCCCGCGUCGCCGGUCGUGUGUCCCCGCCUGCGCGCGCUCCGGGUCGCCUUCCCCCCGUCGUCCGCGCGGCGCCCGAGUAGGAGUAGGAGUCGGAGUCGGGGCCGGAGUCGGAGUGGGGCGGGGCCCGUCGCGGUGACGGCGCUCGGGGUGCGGCAGGUGCGCGCGGUGCGCGCGGCGGCGCGCAGGUGGAUCACGCUCCUCGCGCGGACGCUCGAGGCGCGGGAUGCGCACGGCGCGGCGCGGCUCGAGCAGCUGGAGUGGGGCGAGGGGGUGUGGGACGAGGAGGGGAUGAGGACGGGGACGACCGUGCUGCAGGCGGCUUGGGGGAACGCGAUUUUGCACAGGAAUUGGCCCUCAAACGAGCAGACGAAUGCCUCCGGUAAAACGGGUCGUCCAGUUUACAUCGCCGGACCGCUGCUCCCCACCGCGUCCAAGGCGACUGCAGCGGCCAACGGUGCCAAUUAUCCCAGGAUCAUGUGGCCCUUCAAUGCCAAUCAGCCGUCGAACACCGUCUUGGUCACCGACGUCCAUAAGAUUGGCUACGAGCUCCUGGAGGCCGAGGCGCGUCUGGUUCUGACACAAGCAUUCGGGAAGAACGGAAAGGAGAAACGCGCGCGACUCGCGACGAUCAAGGAGGCAUUGCUCGGGGAAUAA